UAGUCACAGAAUCAUCGCGGCUGUGCGCAGAUCAGAGAAGCAAAGGCGGCGCUCCUUGGAUUGCAUCGUGCAGUAUAGAGAGCAAUACUUUCACGAUUGAACCUUUUAUUUUUUUUAUAGUACAAUAACAUCUACACUAAAACGACAACAUGAGUGAAAUCAACGUGAAAAAGCUCAAGGUAAACGAGUUGAAAGACGAGCUGAAGAAGCGCCAGCUCUCCGACAAGGGACUGAAGGCCGAGCUCAUGGAGCGGCUACAGGCCGCGAUCGAUGCUGAGGCCAAGGCUGAAGAAGCAGCAACAGAAGAAGAAACCGAGGAAAACGAGGCUAGCGGCAACGGUGUUGCCAACGAACAAGAUCACUUGGGAGAAGAAGAGCCAGAAGGCGAGAGCAUGGAAGCCGAGGAGCAAAAUGGCGACGUCGGUGAUGCCGCGGCAGUGGGUGAUGGUGAGGAGCUUGGUCAAGACGACGAAAUGGGCGAAGAGGACGCGGGAGUGGAAAUGGAAAAAGCAAUUGAUGAUGAAGCGGAGGACUACGACAUCCUAGACAAAAUCGACGACGAAGAUGGUGAGCCAGAAUCCCAUACAACAGAUGGGGAUGCGGACAAAGACAUCAGUGCUGAUCAGAAGAAUAAGAAGGGUGUUAAGAGACGUCGGGAGGAACAAGGAAGGGGCUACUUUGAAUAUAUUGAAGAAUGCAGAUACAGCCGGGUCAAGUCUCCCCUGCCACCUCUGGAGGAAGAGGAUGAAGAGUUUGAUGACACCCUGGCCUGCCUGGAUCCAUACAACUGUGACCUGCAUUUCAAAGUGUCCAGGGACCGUUACAGUGCCUCCUCUCUUGCAAUGGAGAGUUUUGCUUAUCUUUGGGCAGGUGGCCGUGCCUCUUAUGGUGUAAAUAAGGGCAAAGCCUACUUUGAAAUGAAGGUCACUGAGAAAAUUCCAGUCAAGCAUGUAAACAGCAAAGACAUGGAUGUCCAUGAUGUCCAUAUUGGCUGGUCGCUGGCUAAUGGAAAUCUUUUAGUAGGUGAGGAGGAGCAUUCCUACUCUUAUUCAAGCAAAGGGAAGAAGACCACAAACUGCGUGACUGAAGACUACGGGGAGAGUUUUGAUGAAAAUGAUGUUGUUGGCUGCUUAAUUAAUUUUGAAGGGGCUGAAGUGGAGAUCUCAUUUUCCAAAAAUGGCAAGGACCUUGGUGUGGCUUUCAAUAUCAAUAAGGAAUCUUUAGCUGGACAAACUCUCUUCCCCCAUGUUCUUUGCCACAACUGCGCGGUUGAGUUCAAUUUUGGUCAGAGCGAGACACCAUUCUUCCCCCAACCAGAAGGCUUCACCUUCCUGCAGCAAAUUCCUGUGGAUGUUCGUAUCAGAGGCCCAAAGGGACCUGAGACCAAGAAAGAUUGUGAGGUUAUUGUCAUGGUCGGUCUCCCUGGAUCUGGAAAGACUACAUGGGUGAAGAAACACAAUGAAGAGAACCAUGGGAAGUACAACAUCCUUGGCACAAACACCAUCUUGGAGAAAAUGAUGAUUGGCAGCAUGAAGAGGCAAAACAAAGACACUGCAAAGCUCUCUGCCAUCUCCCAGCGAGCUCCUCUGUUCCUGGGCAAGUUCAUUGAAAUCGCUGCUCGCAAAAAGAGAAAUUACAUCUUGGAUCAGACAAAUCUUUCUGCGCUGUCUCAGAGAAGGAAGAUGUGUCUUUUUGCUGGCUUCCAGCGCAAAGCUGUGAUUGUCUUCCCCACAGACGAUGCCUACAAGGAGAGGGCACAGAAGAAAGCGGAAACAGAUGACAAAGACGUCCCUGAGUAUGUUGUUCUAAAAAUGAAAGCUAUCUACACAUUGCCAGAAGUAGGGGACUGCUUCUCAGAGGUCACCUAUGUGGAACUUCAAAAGGAAGAGGCCACCAAGCUCUUGGAGAAAUACAAGGAAGAGAGUAAGAAUGCUUUGCCGCCAGAGAAGAAGGCCAACCAGGGAUUAGUGACCCCCAAAAAGGGUGCUGUACGAGGCAAAGGGCCCAAGAAUCAGUUCAGUCGUGGUGGCAGCCCAGGUCCUCGUGGAGGCAGGGGUGGAUUCAACAGCCGUGGAAACUUCAGAGGAAUGCCAGUACCGCGUGCUGGUGGUGGUUUUAACCGUCCCCCACGUAGCUUCUUGCCACCGCCACCUCCUGUCUUCCGAGGUGGGUUUCAUAGCCGAGGCAACUUCAACAGAGGUAGAGGUGGUGGGAUGCCUAACCGAGGCAUGGAACCCAGACGUGGGAACAUGAGGGGUAACAUGGGAAACAGAGGUAGCGCAGUGAGCCGUGGAGGGCCAGGGAACAGAGGUCAUAUGAGCCGUGGUGGUGCCCCUAACCACAGAGGAAACUUCCAGCAGGUUGGAUUUUAUAAAUUCCAUGGCAGAGGAGGUCACCAGCAGAGCCGUGGUGGUUACAGCAGCAAACAUGGAGAUUAUGCCCAAGCCUUUAACCAGAAUUGGCAGCAAGGGUUCUGGAAUCAGAAGCCAUGGAAUCAACAGUACAACCCAGGAUAUUACUGAGUGGGCAUUUUUAUUAAAGACUCUUUGCCUCUGGCACGCUAAAAUGCACAGCCACAGAAUAACCAUCCACUUUUACUGUCCUAAUCUUUUUUUUUUUUUAAGGAAGUCCAUUUUUAAAUAAGAGAAGCAAAUGACAAACAUUCCAUCUCUGAAGUUAACAGUCUACGCUCUCCAUUGAUGUGUGAUGGCUUUGCUCUUAUCAGAUUUUUGUAAAAUGUAUUUCCUCCCCCCAUUUAUUUUAUAUCACAACUUUGAUAGAUUGUUAUAUCAGGAAUCGCAGCAUUUCUCUUGUAAGAGGAAUGCUUUGAAUUUCAGGGUUGUGCAUUUUAUUCUGUAAAAUGUCAUUUUUACUAAAUGUAAAUUAUUAUUGUUAUUUUGCAAGGUUUUUUUUUAAGAAUCCGAACCAUAAUGCUUUUGUCAAUAAUCAUAUUCAUAAUUACUCAGCACAUCAGCCCUUUCAUGUACACUGAAGGUGUGAUAUUGUUGCUCUUUACAUUUUACUGAUCAAAUUCAUUUUCUUUCUUUUGUAAGUCCAGUCUGUAAUGGUUACAUUUCAUAGGCUUGCAAUAAAUGAAUAAUUUGCUUUUCUGACUUUUAUGGCUCUUGAAUGAUACCUUUAUUAUUCCAAAGAGCCUUUGAAUAUCAGUCAGAUUUGUCUCUUGAUUCAGCCCUACCAAAAUGCCAUUUACAUUUUUCUUCCUGUCUUGUAGGGCAAACAGGAUACAUUUUAAAAAUGGCUUUUAGUCCAAUUGUUUAGUAAAACUUUAUAAUGGGUUCAAAAACUUUUUUUCUCAAAGUGCAAAAAAAGAAAAUGCAUUGCAUAGUUUCAAAGUAAAUUUCUGCUCAUUUUAUUAUCUAUGAAACCUAGAAAAGUCUCAAUGAAACUUGGAUAAUGAUUGAACUUGUGUGCAGUUCAUUACUUAGAACAAUUCAAUAGAGGCUUUAUCUCCUAAUUGUCAUAAGAUUGCUUUUUUCCCCCCUUGAAUUUGUAAACAAUGCAAAUUCAGCUUACCAGUACUGUUAACAUUUAGAGAAUAUUAAAAUUACUUCCUAAAAAUGUUAAGUACUUUCAGUAUUCAGUUGAAAAUUAUAUUUUCUGCUUUAAAGCUUUGCAAAAUCAUUGAGUAACUAUUCUCUAUAUAACAAUUCAAUUGACCCAUUUCUGCAGAACAUAAAAAUAACAGCAAACAUUAUACCAUUUCUAACUUUUGCUCAAGAGAUUUGUUUGUCAAGGUGGCCCUUUUUGAUCUUAACAGACAGCACAUAAGCAAUUUCUUUAUUAAAUAUUCAAGAAAUGUCUCAAAUGCAUUAUCAAUGUUAUGCCGGGAAGAGCUCUGCCUAUUUCAAGGUCAUCACAAUUUCCCACUGAAUUUACUAUCUGCUAUUACUUUUUGAAGUAUUCCUAAUUUGCCUACAUGUCUGCAUUUUUUUUAUACACAAUUUCACAGCGUAGAUAAACACAGACUGCAAUGAUAGUCACAUCCAAAACACAAACACAUGAAUAAAAAUAUUUACUGUACAUAUACAUUGACUCUUUUGAAUGAAUAUAUUUCUUAUAAAAUGGCAAAUGGCCAGCAGUAUUUGGCAGCUAUUUUUGACAAAACGUGUGAAUUUGAUCAUGAUCAUAUAAAGUGUUUGAAAUGUAUAAUGGCUGUGUACUGUAAGGUGACCCAAGAUCAAUUUAUUUAGAGAUGUACAUUGUUUAAUUUUCUGAGUGAUUUCCUGUGGUAUGAGAUGAUGAAACUUUCCCUCAAAAGAAAGUGAUUUCUAAAUUGCAUGGCAUGAAAUAUUUUGUGAUUAUACUGUUGUACUGUACAGAGACCCUGCCUGUGCAAAAGACACUUUUGAGAAUGAAAAGUUUCUUCACUAAAUUAUACUUAAAAUAUUUUGGCAUUAUGGAAAGAUGGCAGUUUGUCCUGUUCAUGAUCUUUGUAUUUUGAUAUUGAUUUUUCCAACAAAAUUAAUGUUCUAGUAUGUCAUAAUGUAAGGAAAUGUAUAAUUUAAUAAUGGAAUAAACAUCUGAG